AUGGAGCCAGUCCCGCUGCCCGACUACCUUGAAGAGUUCAAAGCCCAUGUCAACGAUGACAAAAGACAACUCGUUCGCCAGACCAAACACUAUGCGGCAUUUUUCAACGGACAACACAAUGACGGCUAUCCUCCGAUCGAGAAGUGCACUGCCUCUCAGCGUGGCAGACAGGAGAAUCCGGCGCUCAAGGGCAAGAAGAGCACUGCCUUGGCUACAUUGGACAAUGAGGACGGCGCAAAACGUCCCCUGGCAACCGACGACACCGCCGCAAGGGCUCGCAAGCGCCAGCGUGCGCCAAAGGACGCAAAAGGCAAGGGAAAGGCGAUUGCAUGCUUGACAGACGAUGAAACCGAUAAAUUUGAUGAUGAUAAAAUGUAG